UCCUCUUAAAAAAAAAAACUAUUCUCCAGAUUCCGCCAUUGAUGAGCUCUGACCCAAAUUUCACUACUUCCCUCUCUUUCCUCUAACUUUCUCGGCAAAAGUUCAGUGAAAUCAAAAUCUGAUUCCUGCGAAUUGCUCUGUUUUCUAAUCAAGAUCAAGAUUUGGUGUAAUGGAGGGAAGAAGGCCGAAACCAGUUCGGGAUUUGCCGGAGACAAUCCAUUCAUUACUCGGUUUGAAAUCUCAUUUGACUUCAGCUUGGGUUAAAUCUGUCUGCAACAUCGUCAAGAAUGUUUCAUCUUCUGAGAUUUCUUCAUCGUCAAAGGAAGAAGACGACUCUGCUUUCAUCGAAGUACAGAGCCUUAGAGAUAAACUCUAUGCACUAACAGUUCAAGUAAAUGAUCAGAGCAAACAAAGAAGACGGAUUCUUAACGAGUUUUUGGACCUUAAAGGAAACAUUCGUGUGUUUUGUCGAGUAAAACCCUUGGACUCCCAAAACUUGAGAGCACCAGUUGCUUCGGAUACAAGAAACGUUGUCCUAAAGUUAACAGAAACCAAGAGGAAAACCUACAACUUCGACAGAGUUUUCCAACCUGAUUCAUCACAAGAUGAUGUUUUCUUAGAGAUCGAACCAGUAAUAAAAUCGGUUAUCGAUGGAUACAACGCCUGCAUUUUUGCGUACGGACAAACCGGUACUGGGAAAACUUAUACAAUGGAGGGUCUUCCGAAAUCUCCAGGUAUUGUUCCUAGAGCGAUAAAGGGAUUAUUCAAACAAGUCGAGGAAAGCAAUCAUAAGUUUGUGAUCAACUUUAGUAUGCUUGAGAUUUACAUGGGAAAUCUCAGAGACUUGCUUGUUUCUCAAGCAACUAAACCCAUUGAUCCAAUACCUCCAAGUCUUCUGAUUCACACAGACGCAAAGGGAGAGGUAGACAUCGAGAACUUGGUGACUAUUAAAGUGAAAGACUUUAAUCAAGUCUUCAAGUUAUACAAAUUAGGUUGUCGAAACAGAGCAACUGCCUCCACUAACUCUAACUCUGCAUCCAGCAGAUCACACUGUAUGAUCCGAGUAUCGAUCACUUGUCUUGGAGCUCCUGAGAGGCGGCGUGAAACAAACAAGAUUUGGCUAGUGGAUCUUGGAGGAAGCGAGCGCGUGUUGAAAACUAGAGCCACUGGUCGUCGUUUUGAUGAAGGCAAAGCCAUUAAUCUCUCUUUAUCUGCUCUUGGAGAUGUCAUCAACUCUCUUCAACGCAAGAAUGGUCACAUUCCUUACAGGAACAGCAAGCUCACACAGGUCCUGAAAGACUCCCUCGGGCAAGACUCUAAAACAUUGAUGCUUGUUCAUAUCAGCCCGAAAGAAGAUGAUCUGUGUGAAACCAUAUGCUCUCUGAACUUCGCAACGAGGGCAAAUAACAUCCAUUUAGGACAGGACGAAUCAAAGGAAGAACAAGAGAAAAAGGAGGCUGUGUUGAUGAAUCUGCAGAAUAUGAUGGAAAAGAUCGAGCAAGAGCGUGAGACAACGUUAAAAGAGAUCAGAUAUCUAAACGAGAGAUUAGAGAAACUCUCUGGGAAGCCUCAUUUUACUGAGGAAGAAGAAGAGGAUGAGAUAAGAGAAGAGAUUCAAAUUACCCCGAAGAUACCAAAAAACAAAUCAAGACGUGCUUCAGAUGUUUUUCCUAGCUUCAUGAGACCAACAGCUAGUAGCAACAGAAGAUUAUCAGGGACAGAUUUCAGCGUAAUCUCCAAUGGUCCAGGCUUUAAGUCUAGAAGAAACUCAAUGAUAUCUGUCCGAGCUGAAUCUGUGUGUCUUCCGGUGAAGAAGAACGGAUUUGAUUCCGCGUGUGGCUCAUCAGAGAGGAGCGUUUCGAAGUCCAUUUGCUUUAUGCGUCCGAAUACAGCGGAUGAUGCAGCAACGGUUUAUAGUCAGGACAUAUCUGAAUGUGAUAUUAAGUUGGUUGUGUCGGAGCACAAACCAAAGGUACUGCAGAUGGGCCCCGGAUCUGCAAACAAAUCUCGCUCCAAGAUCGGUUUCUUUGAGAAAAACGUUAACCAGAAAGAGGGUGGAACAGAGUUCUCAAGGAUUAACAGUUGGCUUCAUUCGCAAUCCGAAAACAGGAGUUACGUGCUUGACAAGAAACGACUUCCUGCAACUCCUUUCCCGGCUAAACCGGGCAGACUAAGCAGAGACAGGUCGCUGGAUCAGUCAUCUACAAAGAGGUUUACAACGGAGAAAAUCACUGGCACUGAAAUCGUUGAAGAGUUCAAAACAGAGGAAACAGGGAUUAAACCUACACCGAUGCUUAAAGAUCUGUUUGAGCUGCAAUGUCUAUGUUCUUCUGAAACAGAAGAUCAGAUUCUGUCCAGAUACUUAAAUCCUGACGACGAAGAAUCUCUUUAUCCUCCAAGCUUAGUAUAUGAUGGACUUAGCCAACACAUAGACAAUGUAUGGUUUGGAGUUGAUCACAGCUCGGAUUGGGAGCAAGAUUCACCGGCCUCGAUCUUGCUGUCAGAAGGAAAAUCUGAUCUCAAACAGCUCUUACCGGAAACGGGUUUGGAUCAAUCGCACAAACCGAAAUCUGAGAGAGUUUUGGGAUUCACGGAGGAUGUAGCUCCACCAUUGCGUAGACCACAAGAAAUCAUGGGCGGGAGAGGAAAAGCUCAUAGGUUUAUGCGGAAACUUCAGGCUUUAUGCUUCCGUAUUCUUCUGGGAUUAGGGUUUAUUGAUGUGGGCUAUGGUAACGACUUCUUCAACGGGUUAACGAAGUAAAGACAAAGAACAGCAGGCAGUCUUGAUCCCCCAAUUUUUUUUGUUGAAUAAAAGAGAGUUUUGUUUAGUGUUUAAUGAUUCAGUUUUUGUUUUUAAUUUUUUUGGAGGAGAUGCCAGUUAUAGUUUUGUUGUUCAAUGCUUAGGAAAAACCUGUCAUAUCUUAAUUUUUUUGGUAAUGGCAUA